AAAGAACGAUUCAUUCACGAGUCGUACGUCGCUACAGCAGCAGCGGCAGAACACAGCUGGGGGAAGGAGGAGGCCAGGCUAGAGCAAAACGAGUCGCUGCGGGGGAAUGGACAGCGUUUGAUCUGGAGAGGGUUUUCUGCAAACCAGGAGAGACAUCAAUGAGUCAUGGAGGACGAAGGUGGCUUUAUAGAGUUUGAUGUGCCCGAGUUCAGCAACACGGUCCUGAACCAGCUCAAUGAGCUCCGGCUCCAGGGUAAGCUUUGCGACAUCAUUGUGCACAUCCAGGGCCAGCCAUUCAGGGCACACAAGGCUGUUCUGGCUGCCAGCUCGCCCUACUUCCGUGACCACUCAGCUCUGGGCACAAUGAGUGGCCUCUCCAUCUCUGUGAUCAAGAACCCUGAGGUGUUUGAGCAGCUGCUGGCCUUCUGCUACACGGGCCACAUGGAACUGCGUCUGCGCGAUGUCAUCAGCUUCCUCACUGCUGCCAGCUUCUUGCAAAUGCAGGCUGUCAUUGACAAGUGCACACAGAUCCUGGAAGGUAUCCACUCCAAGAUCAGUCUCCCUGUGCCCAGUGGAGCAGAUGCAGAUGAAGAUUGCGCCUCCUCCAGGUCUGGAUGCAAUGGAAUGACAGAAGGGGGUAUUUUUGUAAACCCAACCCAGAUUUCCCCACCCUACUACUCACGAAAGAGCCAUUGCGGGGAGGUAAGGGCAUCAAGCAGGGGCCCUGCACAGUUAGCAGAGGAGGGGCAGUCUGAUCGUGGCAGCAGUGACAGUGUGUCAGAGCAGGAGGUGUCCAUGGAGGCUGAGCCAGAACAGGUGGAUCUGAUUGGAAAGGAUGGCCAAGUGACAGAUGUCCACAUCAAACUGGAGAAACCAGACCGGCCCAUCUAUUCUGACAGCUCAUCGGCAGGUGAUGAUGGCUACCACACGGAACUUGUGGAUGGGGAGCAGGUGCUAGCUGUGAGUGUGGGUUCAUAUGGUCCAGUCCUGCCCCCUGCUGGAUACACCUAUUCAGCACUCCCCUCAUCCUGCUUUGUCAGCAUUAGUCCAUCUAGCCCAUCUCGUUCGAUUCUCAGUGGUUUCCGAGGUGGCCCUCCGAGGCGGCCUAAACGUCCUGUUCCAGUCCCAGCCGAAGUGCUCUCUCAGCUGAAGCCAGGCCCUGAGGAUGGGGAGGGAGCAGCGACAGGGACGGCCUUGGAGAACGACAUGAGGGAGCGCAGUCUGCGCAGCCAGUGGUACCCCUACAACGAGCGCCUCAUCUGUAUCUACUGCGGCAAAUCUUUCAACCAGAAAGGAAGCCUUGACCGCCACAUGCGCUUGCACAUGGGCAUCACGCCUUUCGUGUGCAAAUACUGCGGCAAGAAGUACACCCGCAAAGACCAGCUGGAGUAUCACAUCCGUGGCCACACGGACAACAAACCCUUCCACUGCCAGAUCUGCGGCAAGUGCUUUCCCUUCCAGGGCACCCUCAACCAGCACUUGCGUAAGAAGCACAUGGGCUCAGGCACCGAGGCCAACAACCACACGGACUCUCUGGGGGAAGCAGCAGAUGGCCAGAGGGGGGCACCAGAGGAUGCCUCAGAGGUCAAUUACAGAGCUCCAUAUGCUGAUGACGGGCCAGCGAAUGACAUCAGCGAUGAGAAUGCCAAGUGCAGUCCUGAAGAAGCCCCUGUGUCCAGAUGUGAUUACUAAGAAAUCAAGUUUUUAAUGGGUGGUUUGUCCCGUGGCAGGAAGCUUUAAAGGUUGCUCUUUUCACAGUCACUUGUUUUUAAAAGAAUCAGCUGAGUGGAUGAUGAACCUGCCUUGUGCAUUUUCUACUUCUCUGUUUUUGUGAAAGUCAUCUGUUUGUGUAACAGGACUGAAAAAGAGAGAAGAUGUUUUUAAGAAAUACGUUUUUCAAAGGGAAGGAGUCGCAUAGUUGGGGAAGAGAAUUGGGUAGAAGGUCUCAAUAAUCAAGGCCUUCAAAAGUAUGUUUUAUCAAGUUUUUAUAUAUAUAUAUAUUUCCAUGUUUUUAAACAUAGAGUAAUAUAGGCAUGUUGCAAUAAUUAAUAAUGUGAAAGCUCAGAUAAGAUGCUUGUCAUAUCAUGCUUUUACCUAACUUGUUUUUGCACAUGUGGCCUGAAGUAGGCCCAUCACUCACAAGGAUUGGUUUUAUCUGCCAGUGCAAAAGCUUUGUGUGACACAUCCGUUCAAUACCUCAUCAUACAACAUAACUUACUCAUAACAGACAGUAUUGUAAGCUUUUCCUCAACUCCAACCAGGUUCUACCUCAUAGCCAAGAACCUGAAAGGAAGUGAAUAAGCCUCUGUUUAAAAAAAAAAAACACAUUUGUUUUGUUUCAUAGGGUUUAAAAUGCUUCACAUAGCAAAAUCCUGGCACAAAACAUCCUCACUACACGAAGCCUUGGUACUUCAGUGAAAUAUUCCUUACAGAUUGUAUGAAAUUUGAAUUGAUCUUGUUUCAUAGAGAGACUUUGUAUGUUUUCGAAAAAAGGUGCUUAAGAGUGUGGUAAGAUAAGGGUGUAGCCUAUCUGCAAUAUGCAUCCUGGUGCAUCAAGGAUGGGGGGAUUCAUCCCAAAAUAGCAUGAUGUAACAUUGUUUCUUUUUAUCAAUGUGGUCUAGGUUUUAUGUUUAAAGUUCAUGCUUUCAGAGGGAAGUAGAUGUCAAACGUAAUUAACUGAGUUUAAGGCUAAUAAAAACAAACAGCUCUUGUUAUAUAUAUUCAGAGAUUUUUAAUGGAGGUAAUCUAAUAUCAGCUUGAUUUUAAAUUAUAAGAACACCCUGUGUCAGUUUUUCUCUUUCUUUAGCCAUUUACUUUUAUUAGUCAUUUAAAGCAUAUAAUGGUCAGGUUUGUAGGUUUUGCAGAUUAAUUCUAGUGCUGGACCAAAUUCUUCACUGAAUAUUAUGUAGUCCAGAAAUUAUAAUGAAAACCAGCUCCUUAAUUCAAACAAGUCUAAAAUGCAUUUUAGUUUACUGUUUGGUGGCAUCACAGACAAAACAAUAUUAUUCAGGUCAGGAACGUAAAGCCAAAUUCUUAAAUUUAUAUAAAUGAAAUUAGCACCAUGUAGUAUUUUUCCUAUUUUUCAUAGGUAACCAUUUCUGCAUACCACUUUACAAUUAUAAUUUUCAAAUAUUAUAAUUUAUAAUUAUUAUUUGAAAUAUAAAGCUGUAGUUGUCAGUUACCACAUCUGUUCACCCUAAAUUGAUCUGUGAAUGUGUGUCCACCUUUCCAAUCCAAAAUCAACAUGGAUCAUUAGACACUUUAGCCUGUUUAUUUUUGCUGGGAUAUGGCCUGGAAUAUGGGAUUAUUUGGAAGUCAGUGGUUUGUGUUUUGCCUAGGUCUAUGCAAUAGUUCUCACGUGCCACAUUUUUGGGAAUUAAUAGCUUUUGUUGCCUUUAAAAGCUCCAGUACUGCUUUGUGAAAGCGUGUUGUCUUAGAAAAUGCUCUGUUGAGGCAGUGCAGAGAUAAAGAAAACUUCCGUCCAUUUUCUUUUGUGUGUGCAAAACAGGUUAAAUUUAUUUCCUACCAAACUGUGGUAAAGGUUUUAGUUGGAUUUGUGCUUUUCUUCGGGAUGAAUUCCAAGACAAGAGGAAUGGUGGUUUCUGGUGUAUUUUGAUGCAUCAGAAAGGUACAGAUAAAAAAAAAAAUUAAAAUUUUUACAAGUCGAAGCUGGAGUCUAUAUCACAAACACUGAAGUUAGUUUUUAGCCAAAAGUCCUGUUAACAAUCAUUGUUAUUUAUGUGUAUUAUGAAUUGUGAUUUUUUAGAAAAGCAUGUCUUUGAGUUUGAAAUGCUUAAGAAUGUGAGUUAUUUGCCCGAAGAACGAGAGUUCUGUUUCUGCAACUAUGUUUGGCUGACAGCAUUCAAAAGAAUGCAGGUUUUCAUUGCAUCAUUAGCUAUAUGGUGAAAUUUAUCUAAAAGUGGUUUCUGAGAAAAAUGCAUAGCUCAGGCAAAAAGAUGUAUGAAUGCUUGCAGUGUUUGUCCAUUCUUUGGUGUCUGAGGGUGUUCUAAAGAAGUAUGUUGAGGGCCUUAUUCUGAUGCCUUCACACUAAACUUUUUGAAAUCAGUGUGUAGUAUAGUGUAAUGUGUAGGCUUUUAAAGGCACAAAAACAUCUCCAUAAAUGGUCUUUGGGACACUGCAGAACUAUUGUUUAAGCAGUCUGAUGUACAUCUAGUCUCAUGUAACUUGUAGCUGUUGACACAUUUCCAGCAAAGUCAUUGACAUGGGUAAUGAGCAUUUUCUGUCAGUAUUUCAUGUUAUAGGUCCAGAAGUACAUAUACUUGUCUAAGUGACAAUCUCUGGCAGUUAUACAACAGGAUUUUUGAAGUGAGUGAUUCAUAUUGCUCUCAAUUUGUAGCCUUUCUCUGCCAUGUUAAUUAUUCUCUCAGAAUGUAAUUUGUGGUCUUUGAUGUUCCAACAGACUGAAACACACUUGACUUGCACAUUGCUCAAGGGCUUCUUUGCCUGCUUAACAGACACCACUUAGGCUAGAUUUGUUAUUUCCAUCAAGUUCUCUGUUGAAUAGUUUAGAAUAUUACAAUAUUUAUCCAGCAACUAUAGCACUUAUUUUGGGGUAAUGAUGUUGCAUAGCCUUUGUCUAACAUAUGAUAUUUUUUUUAAUGGGGUUAUACAGCAUUCCCUUUUUCUUUACACAAUAGCAGUUGGUUUCCAUACAAUUAGUUUUCAUAAUGGUGCUUUUUGUUUAUUUUUUAUAGUUUCAUAUUUUCUUUAUAAAUUCCUCAGGCACAGAGUGAACUCAGUUUAUUUAAACUGGUUUGUCCUUACAUUAAUAUCAGUUUUUGAUCCCUCUGAAUUGAAAGCAAAUUUUCCUCGUAUUGUUUAUAAGACUGGAAAAUGCUAAACCUGUGUUUGAAUGCCAUCCAGCUUAGACCAUGCCACCUGAAGUAGUAUAAUUUUUAUUAUGCCUAGAAGACAGUUUAUUUGGGCAAUAAAGGUUACAGAACCACAAUCUUAUAUAUGUAGCCCAUGAUGUGUCUCUGUGUAGGGUAAUACAGAGAAGAGCCAGUUUUGGUUAAGAAUAACACCAUGCAUAUCUGUUUGUUUUACAGACAGUGUCUGAGAAACUAGGUUAGUUUAAUUUAUCAAUUCCACCUAGCAGUUAAUGCAAUUUUGGCCGCUAACCAAAGAGAAAACCAAAAAUGCAUAAUGUUAUGUAUGCUGCACAUUAAUCUGAAGAGAGCAAACCAGCCCCUAGAACAAAUUAACCUGUGCAAAGUGUGAAAAUAUUUUUCACCUAGUUGCCCAGACUUCCACUGUUUUUAACAGUCACCUGAGUUUCUCCCAAAAUCAGGAGGAAAUGUUACUAAGAUUUGAAUUUGGCAAUGAAUUUUUUCUUCUUAGUUUUCUUUAAUUGUGAGCUCACAAUUAAAACAUAUGCUUGUAAGAUAAACAUCAAUUAAGCCAUAAACUUAGUAGUUCAAGGCGAGGCUCUAGAUGUUUAGAACAAAGGAACAGUAAAAUGAUUUGCGAAAGUCUGUUCUUACUGAGUUGGAAAGGAAUUCCAAUUAAAUCUGUGCCUUGCCACAAAUAAUGUAAACUUCCCUGACAUAUCCUUUCCCAAAGUGAUCUUUAGAGGACAGAGGUAUUAUGUAUUAUUUCUGCAUGUAGUUCAGUCUGGCCAUAUGUAUAGAGAUUCAUCUAAUGAUUAUAUGCAUAUGCUUAUUAAUCAACUUGAGAUGUUCUUGUUUGGGUCCUCCCUUGAUAAUUUGCUUAUGAACAUUUUUUUUCUUUUGCUUUUAUGUUUAUCAGUUGCUUUUUUUAUGUUGAGCUGAGGAGCUAACAUGCAGUAGCAGAGGUUUUGCAUUAAAUGUAAUAUGCAGUUUUGACAGGAAGAGAUUGUAGCAAGUUAUAAGAAAUGGGACAAUCAGACAGCUUCAAACACUGGAAGCUACCUCUUGAAAAAUCAAUUAUUUUAACCAUGGACUAUUAAUUUAGCUUGCCAGAAUGAUUCUGCCAAGUGUGUCAGCCACUCUUUGGUUUAUUAUUAUUUUAUUUUUGGUAGAGUGGUGAAAAAGUGCAUGCUAGACCAUUUAUAGUUGUAAGAUGUACUGCAUGGUGGUCACCACGUAUAUAAUGAAAUAUUGAAAUGCAGAUUGGUUUAUUUUAUUUUUAUUUUGGGGGUUUUCUUUGGUCUUGAAAGUAAUUUAAAUUUAUUAUUUUUUGUCUGGCAUGCACUUAAGAUGAACAUAACUUUUUAUUGUAAUCUAAACAUAUAUUCCAUAUUCAUUAUAGAAGGGGUUAGCUUAUAAUAUCUUACUCCUCUUUAAUGGGACUCAAAAAUAAAGGCCUCAACUAUUUUAUUUCUAAUGAGGUUUAUGAAUUUAAAUGGUGCUGUUAGACUGGUCAGGUGUAUUUAUUGAUGAUUUUAUAUACAAAAAAGUGCAUACAUAUAGGUUAUGGGUCAAUUUAAGGUUUAUUGCAUACUUGUAAGUGAUUUCAAGAAUGAUUCUAAUUGUGUUAUAUUCAACCAACCAACUCGAGUUGAUGACUAGAAUACAUGUUCACUCUUUCUGUUCAAGUCUUCACAGAAAACCAAGAGUUCAGUAUGGGCCGUGUACAGUAAUCAAAAAGAAGUGUUUACAUGGAAGGUUGUGGGACUACUUUUUGAAUUUGCAGCUUGUUCUUUUAAUGAAGCUGACUUACUUCAGGUAGUUUAUGAACACUGAUAUUAGUUAUAAAGAAAAUCUUGAAGUCUUCCAUUGUUUCUCUGCUUCCAACAUUUCUCCACUGUGUAAUAUGCAAAAGCAAUAACCUUUUUAAGAGCAGUUUACUACUGCUGUCUGACUGCCUCUCGAAUUACAGAAGUGUCACGUCUCAAAAUGAGUGGUUUCAGGUCGUCAGGGAGUCAAGCUAACUCAAGAUCAGGAGAGGAUUUAAAGUUUGUUAUUUCUUCAUCUUUGGUUUUGUUUAAUAUGAGAUUUUGUGAACAUUUGGACAAGUUGAGUGAAAAUGCUUCUAAGGUGUGGCUUUCUUGUGGUCAUCACUGUCCACAGCCCUUGUGUAGAGUGAAGGCUAUGGGUUUCAGAGCCUUGUGCAUGAGUGGAGCCUUUUGUUUUGUUUGUGUGUCUGUCUGUGUUUGUACUCCAUCCAUCUGCCACCUCAAUGCAAGCCGGUUAAAACGUUGCACCUUUUAUCUGUGUCAAAUAUGAAAGGGAUCUUGGGAGGAACACCCUGCUUCCCUGAGAGCCACAAAGAUCUCCUCCACUUCCCCUUGCACUGGGACUGCAGAUCAAAUUAGACAAUCAGAAACUAAGUGGAUUUCUGAUAUUGAGCAGUCUCUGAAAUUCUGUUAGCUUCUAACUCUCAUGUAUUCAGUGAUAUGGCAAAAAAAGUAGAACUCAGGGCUUACUAGUAUUCAGAAAUGGCCACUUUGGACAUGCAAAUCAUUUUGUAUGUUCCAAUCAACUUAAUUGUGCACUUUUACUUCAGGUUGGGGAAGCAAGUCCUCAGUCAUUGGUUCCCAAAAAACAGUCUGCCUCAUGGGUGUCUUGGAUGCACCUGCCUUUUUUUCCGUUGUUGCUUUUCCGUAUGCAUGGGAUGAGCACAGAGCUUCAGCAUGGAGGAAUACUGGAGAUCUUUUAGCUUUUGCUCUGGAAGUAUCUCUCUGCCCAACUCUCUGUACUCCACUAUAUUUACAACCUCACAAAACCCUACUGUGAACCUCAGAACUCUACUGUUUUAUACAACUAUGAAGUACAUGAAGCUAGCUGGUGCCGAUGCUGUAACAAUUAACUCGCCAUUUAUGAAUUUUAUUUUAUAGCAUGAAAUAUAAGAUUAUAUUUAUUCAAAUGAUAUAUUUUGCUCAUAAUCAGUCUGUGCUGCUUUUUUAUUUUUGUUUUAAAGAGCUUGUAAAUUGCUUUUUUAUGAUGGAGAAAUGUCAAUAGAUACUAAAAUUGCAUUCAUUUGUAAAAUAAAGUUGCUGAUUUGGCA